AUGACAAAACAAGACGUCGAAAACACCUCAAGUACCUCGGAAUUGAGCGACCUGAGCGAUAUCAGCAACCUCAGUGAUCUCAACUUGGGUGACUCGAUCAAGCCGCUUUCGUCGCUUAGUGAAGAAGAGGUGGCAACGCAUGUGUUUCUACUAGCGCAUAUUGACGAAGAAGAGAAGAUGUUGGUGGUAGACGUAGGUGUGACUGGAGAAGCUGUUCAUGACAAGCUAGUGUUCACCCUCACCGACCUUAGGAACGCAGUGCAUUUUGAGCAAUUCACUCAACAAUUCCGCUCACAUCUCAGUGGUACCGCUCGCAAAGCGCACGACGAGCUGAUCGAUAUGUACGCAGACAGAGACAGCCAAGACGAGAAGACAUUCGUGAGAUACAACGAGAAACUGAUCGAGGUGAGCGAUAUACUCGCUAUGGAGCUCGAGGAGAAGGAAGACUUGCAGAAGCUGUGCGAUGAGCAGGAGGAUUUGGAUGCAGUUGCUGUUGAAAAUUUUGCCAGUAGAGUAUGCAGCCAUUUCAGCGAGAAAUACCCACACAAAAAACUCGCAGUGGUGCUGUUGGAUCCUAUCGCUACCCUCAACGCUUAUCCUGAUGAGUAUGAGGUCAUGCCGCACACCCUCAGAGACGCACUCGUUGAUGCUGGUGCAGACGUUUUCAUGUUGGAAGGCGAUGAGGAGGGCGAGCAAGUUAAAGAGGAGCAGGAAGAGAAGGCGAAAAAUACACCGGCUUUAGACUUGCAACACAAACUCGGCAAGGCUUUUGAACAUCUUGCACUGGAUUAG